AUGUACCCACGUUGUGCUGUUGAUGAAUUAGUCAUUAUAUUAUUAGCUAAUACUAAUAAGAGUAAAACUACCGAGUAUGAAUCUAUUUCGAUUUAUGAUCAAUCAUGUAAAUCCUCUUCAUCCGUUCUACAAACUAUUUUCCGUCCUGAUAGUUUUGUCACCGAAGGUGAAUGUUUGCCAGAUGUAAAGAGUCCAACUUCUGUAUGUAAAUUAUUUUCUGUUAAAAUAGAUAAUAUAAUUUUAUCAAUAAUAGGAGGAUUAUGUUGCUAUUCAACAUCAGCUGAAUUAAAACAAGUACCCAAUUUAUAUUUGUUAAAUAUUACGGCAUCUCAUGUAAAUUCAAAAAAAUACAAUAAUAAAUAUAUAGCUAAAUUUGGACUUCCUCAAGGAUAUUUAGCACAAGGAGAUCCAUCAUCGCCUAUUUCAUAUGUUCAUUGUUUAAGAAAUGCCAACGCAGAGCCUGUUUAUGAAUGUGAAUCAAUAGAUAAUGAUUUUUUUUUUGUGCAACUCUUAGUACAAUUUCCAAAAGUGGAAUUGCCUGUUGUAAACAUCUAUAUAUUUGGUGAUAAAUGUGAACAAAGGACUGUUUGUGGAGAUUUGGCUUCAUCAAGUGAAAAUCAGGAUUCUGAUAAAAUUUCACUGGGUCCAUUUGGUACUUGGCCAAAAUAUGCUAUCAUAAUAGGUGGUUGUAUUUUAGGUUUGGGAUUAGUAGGUGCUCUUUACUUGGUUUAUAGAAGAAACGUUGGUGAAGGCGGUGGCUUUUACAAAAAAAACGAGAAAAAAGAUUCAGUAUCUUCUCCUAAUUUAUUUUUAGAUUCUGAAUCCAAAAUCAAACAAUUAGAGUCAUAUAUAAAUGAAGAUGAAGUUGUCAGAAACACAAAAGCCGUGCUACCAAGAUCAAGUUUAGAAUUUGAUAAUAAAGACAUCUACAUUCAUGAAUUUGUACCAGCGUCUUCUUCUGUUGUCAUCGAGGUUGAUAAAGAUUCAUCGUUGUCAUCCAGCAACAACAACAGCCAUCACAAUCACAAUAAUCAUCAUAGUAGUCAUAGUAAUAGAUUCUCUAAAAGACAUUCUAACAAACUAUCAACAGAUGAUAAUCAGAACCUUAAUCCUGAAGUUUCAUUCUCAAUACCGACCAGGUCACGAGAUACAAGGGGGAAUGGGAGUGGGAGUGAUCACCACGAUGGAAGAGGUUCAUUGAGUGCUUCCAGUUCCAAUUCACAAUCUAAAAGAGAACCAUUUUCAGAAAGUCGGACCACUGAACAAUCAAUAUCAGGAAGACAACAUCUUAAGAUUGAUGGUAGGAAAAUAGAUUCUGAUUCAGAAGGGUCAUCAUCAUCAUCUGAUGUACCAUUAGGUGAUAAAAUACCAUUAGCAAUUUUGGCUAUAAGAUCACUAUCUAAAAAAUCACUGUCAAAUCAAUCUGCUAGAUCACAAUCAAAAAAUGGUAAAAAUGUGGCAGUGGAAGAAGAUGAAGAAGACAAACCAUUAGGACAAACAAUAUCUUCAUCAAAGGAAAAAAAUCUAGAUGGUGAGGAUAGUAUUGUUGGUGAUUUUCUUGGUUCAGUGCUUAGUGAAGCUUUAGCAGGUUAUUCGGAUUCGGGAAGGGUCAGUAGUAAUGAUAUUAAUAUUGGUGGUGAUGAAGAAGAGGACAAAGGAAAAACAACAAAAGAGCAAAUUAUAGAAAGACAUAGGUCAACAUCAUGUCAACAUCGCGAUAGGCCAUUACUUGAAAUCAAAAGAAAAGGUCGUCCCAUCACUCAAUGCAACAAUUGUCGUGAGCUUCGUAAAACCCAAAACCUACAUAUUAAAUGUAAUUGUAACGAAAGAAAAAAAGAAGUAACUCCUUCCUUGUCACAAUCCAAGUCAUCCGUAAUAAUAACAAGUUCUAAUGAUUCUUCUGAAUCACCUACAAAUUUUGAUAAUUUCGUUUCAAAUUUGAGUAGUAGUGAUAAAUUAAAAGUCCAGUCAUUAUUAAACCCAUGCAAGUGUUUAACUGGUGAUAAGUGUAUUUGUUGUAGAGACGAAGAAAAUGAAUUCAUCUCAUCAACAGAAAAUUCAAAUCGAGAUUGUAAUACUAUGGAAGGGUCUGAUGAAAAGUCAGGAGACUUGAGUGGCGUUUUAGGAGCUGGAAUAUGUAGUAGCACACCCGAUGAUUUGGUUAAUAUAAUUUACAGUUCAUUUAAAAGUAUUCCUUCAGCCAAUAAAAGUGGAAGUUGUUGUGGUUCCAGUUCCAAGCCAAUCUGUAGAUGUGGUAGUGGGUGUAAAUGUAAAGGAUGUGACACACAUGCAUUAAGAGUUGACUUGAAUCCUCAGGUACAGCCUGUUCUAUCAAAACUUAAGACAUCAUGUUGUGCUGCACCUCAUAUUCCAAAACCAAAGCAUACAGUAAUAAUAGAUGAAGAUGGAGUUCUUUUGUGUGGAUGUGGUUGUAAAAAACCGAAUUCUGAAUGCUCUGGUUUGCGUUGA